AUAGUACUUUUGGAAUUUAACUUCAACACAACAACCGGAAAAUGCUUUACAGCCGCACUCUACAGGCAUAAUAGGAAUAUAUAGACUACAAACCAACUACAGCAAGAACACGUAUACCCUAUAUAAUGUCGGGUCUCCAUAACUAUUCCAAUUUAAAGUUCAGAGCAAAGCUUGGUGAAUAUGAUGAAGAGGGUCUGGACAAUGUCUGUAGUACCAAGACGCCGCAGGAGAGCAGCCUCAGCUACCGCGAAAAGUCCAUUGUGGAUAAUCUGAAUGCUGACCAAGAUGCCACUACAAAAAUCCAAUACCUGACCUUAGAAGAUGCCUUAUCGCUGCCCCUGGAGAAGCACAAGGUCUUGGACAAUUACAUGGAUCAACAGGAGGAUGACCCAGUGCUUCGCAAAUAUCUAGUCGUGGGCGUUCAUUGGGUCUCCCUGAUCACCGAGCACCUGUUGAGUCAUCCGUUUAUUGUGUUGCGGCGACAGUGCCAGGUCUACAAUGCCUCAAAGAGCUAUCACUUGCAUCCCCUGGGACUCCUGCCCAGCAUAGUUCACCUGCACAGGAGGCAGGGAAUGGGCACUCUGUGGAAAGGAGUGGGAAGCUGCCUUCUGGUGCACGGCAUGACCUUGGCCAUAGAUGAUGUGAUCUCAAAGUUUAGCACUGGUUCCAAGGAAAUGGACAGCCGGACGCCCUGGAAGCGUUUUGGCCAACAUGUGGCCCUCAAAUGCAUGAGCAUUGCCUUGGUGGCUCCUUUUCAUGCUGCUCUCCUAGUUGAGACCGUGCAGAGCGGCAUAGCCAGCGAGAAGUCGGGACUCUUCGAUGUGUUUCGCGAGGGAAGCCUCCGGCUGUUCCACUGGAGUUCCCACAAAGGCGGACGCAUGCUUCCCGCUUGGGCUUUGAUUGGACCGAGCGUAUCCUUUGGCAUCACAAAGUAUCUGUUCAACCUGGUGAUACACGGCGUCUCCUCGCGCAUUAUGCGACGCCGCAUGACUCUCGCUUUGGAUAAACCUGGGCGUAAGACGGGGAACAAUGCCCUGGAGCACCAGAAUGCGGAGAUAUAUGCCAGCCUGAUUGCCACACUGACCACCGAGGUUAUCUUCUUUCCCUUCGAGACCAUACUCCAUCGCCUGCAGUUGCAAGGCACACGGACGAUAAUCGACAACCUUGACACGGGAUGUGCCGUGGUACCCAUUCUGACGAACUAUCAGGGCUUCACUGACUGCUAUCGCACCACUAUUAUGACCGAGGGAGCCUGUGGCCUUUACAAGGGCUUUGGGGCAGUGAUUCUACAAUUUGCAGCCCACGUGGCUGUCAUAAAGUUGGCCAAGUGGACGGUUAAUCAAAUAACAGCGGCCACAUCCAAGAGAUCUGCGCCCCGAAUCGUUCAGUACUGUAGCAUUGGGGAUGGAAUAGAUAACAUCCCGGAGCCUGUGAGUUCAUCAAUUUCCGGACCGGACUAGAGUCCAAUUAGUUGCGAGUAUUUGCCUUAAAUGUAACAUUUCAAAUUUCUAUGUACCGAAGAAACAAGUGUGUUAAUUAAAUUCUAAAUCAAAUUAGGAUUACACAAA